AUGGAGCCACAGGAGAAUGCGCAGUCUAUCAGCGCCGAUGAAAUCGCGCUUUAUGACCGACAAAUCCGGCUGUGGGGAGUGCAAGCACAAGAAAAGAUUCGAUCCGCAAACAUCCUUCUCAUUACCGCGAAAGCACUUGCAAAUGAAGUCGCCAAGAACCUCGUACUGGCCGGUAUUGGCUCGCUCACCAUCAUCGACCACCAAGACGUCACAGAAGAAGACCUGGGUGCGCAAUUCUUUGUCGCCGAGGCACAGAAUGAGGGAGAUGUGAUCGGAAAGAAUCGCGCAGAAGUUGCAGGGCCUCAGAUUCGCAAGAUGAACCCGCGCGUCAAGCUCAAUAUCGACACAUCCGACGUGAAAACCAAACAACCCGAGUUCUUCGCUCAAUUCGAUAUCACAAUCGCAACUGAACUUGACUUCGUCACCAAUACAACCAUUAACGCCGCCUGUCGAUUGGCCAACAAGCCCUUCUACGCAGCCGGACUCCAUGGUUUCUACGGAUACGCAUUCGCCGAUCUUAUCAGCCACGACUUCGUGAUCGAGCGCAGCAAGUCCAACCUGAACGCCGGUACUCAAGAGACGCAAACACGCAGCAUCGUCAGCAAAAGCACCAAGACAGAAAACGAUAAGAUCAUCGAGCUAGUCACAAAGCGCGAAGUCUACUCCCCCCUCAUCCUCGCGAACACCUCGCCCCUCCCAGAAGAAUACACUCGUCUUCCGCGCCGGCGCAAACAAGUCACCCCACUCCUCAGCUGUCUGCGCGCAUUAUGGGAAUUUGAGAAAUUGCUUGGGCACCGACCAACCUUUACACAUGAAGACCUGGAGCUAUUCACGAAAUUAUCACGGGACCGACACCAAGAAUUGAAAUUAGAGCCUCUGAUGCUCGAUUCCGUGUUCUUGCGAACUUUCCUACAGAACUUGGGCAGCGAGCUGAGUCCCGUCGCGGCGUUCCUUGGUGGCUCACUGGCACAGGAUGUUAUCAAUGUGCUGUCAGCCAGAGAGCAGCCCUUACAGAACAUUUUGCUCUUCGAUGGGGAGAAAAUGGUUGGCCCGAUCUAUCCGCUUCACCCUUUCUUCCCUGAAGAUCUGGCAGGCGCUGAGAUGGGUGCUGUUCCUCCAGUGAGAAACCCAGUUACAGUUCCUGUGACUGGAGUUGUGGACUUGGAGUAA